ACCAAAAUAGGCCAAAUCUGCAUUACUAAUUCUUAUCCCGAACAAAAGAACGAAAAUGCAAUAAUUGGCAGCAUAAUGUCAUGCAAAUGUUCCGGGGUCAGGUAUGAGAAAUGUAAGUGUGGCUCACUGGGGCCUGGUUAUCCAAUUGCUCACAGUGGAGGUGGGACAUUUGUAUUGUUAGCCAAAGACAGCGCGUGCUAUAUGCGUCCGACGACGUCAUCCAAGCGAAGUCUGUUGACUAGAUUCGUGGAGAACUUGUAUGAUAAAUGUGCGGGGUACAAUUUAAGAUAUUGUCCUUUUCGAGGAUAUGUUCACGAUAAUUCUUUGAGGCACACGAUGCGUGACGUCCUCACCCUGCUGUGUUUCAUUCUGGCCAAUCUGGUGGUACUUCUGACCAUCCUCGCCAGAACAACCGUUCACAUCAGUUACGUUAUUGCGGGAUCGGUGCAGUGGAUCCGAAGGUACAAAGGGCAUUAAAGGGCAUUCAUUCUUCU